GUGUUUGGUUUUGUGUGCUAUGUUGAUAAUGUAAACAAAAAUGGCCGACAGGGAAUCCUUGCAAACGGAGAGUACACAGAGCCAGGACACUGAGCAGACAGGAGACACUAACCAAUCCCAUGGGGUCUCCGCGGUGCCGCUCACGGUUGUGUCUGCCUACAAACACUUACGGGAGUCAGGGGAAGGCCCACACAAUGUUCCACAGCUUCCUUCCCACAGAUUCCAGUACUCUGUGUGGCAUGACCUGAGGGAGGCUGUUCUUACAGGGACAAUGCUGAAAGCCCCCAGGGUCAGAGAAGGUCCCCCAGAGAAAGAUAAAGCAUUCUAUAAAAUGAAAGAUGAGGAAGACAAAGUAAUUCACCAUACUCACACAGGAUCGACGAGGGAUGCUUACAGAAAUACAAUGGAAAACUGGGAGAAUGCUACGACUGUCAGCCUAUGUUACCAGGAGUUACACGACUCGUACCAGAGAUCCACAUUUAAUGCCGUCCUGGGGAGACUACAGAUCGUCGAACGUCUGUAUCUAACUGACAACACCAUACAGAGUCUUAAAAGGAAGUCCUUCCCUAAAUGUGAAGUGUUGAACCUGAAUCAUAAUUUCAUAUACUCCUUCUCG